UGGAGAAUGACAACUGGAAAUAACUCCAUUGUGACAGAGUUUAUCCUCUUGGGUCUAACAAAGCAAGCAGACCUCCAGAUACCACUCUUCCUUGUGUUUCUAGGAAUUUACAUGGUCUCAAUGGUUGGAAACCUCGGUUUGAUUUUGUUAAUUUGGAUAAGUCCUCCACUUCAUACACCCAUGUACUAUUUCCUUUGUAACCUAUCCUUCAUAGAUCUUUGCUACUCUUCAGUCCUUGCUCCCAAAAUGUUAGUGAACUUUGUAUCAGAGAAGAAUAUUAUUUCUUAUUCAGGAUGUAUGACUCAAUUAUUUUUCUUUUGUUUCUUUGCAAUUAAUGAGUGCUAUAUGUUGACAGUCAUGGCAUAUGACCGCUAUGUUGCCAUCUGUAGUCCUCUGCUUUAUAAUGUUACAAUGUCUCCACAGAUCUGCUCCCUUCUAAUGAUGGCAGUGUAUAUAAUGGGAACCUUUGGUGCAGUGGCCCAUACAGAUGCCAUGACGAGGCUAUUCUUCUGUAGGGAAAAUGUAAUUAAUCAUUAUUUCUGUGAUAUUGUUCCCCUCCUCAAGCUUUCUUGUUCCAGUACUAACAUCAAUGAGCUCCUGGUGGUAUUUAUUGGGGGAUUCAAUUUAUUGUUCACAAUCAUGCCCAUUUUGAUCUCUUAUACAUUCAUUCUCUUAAGCAUCCUUCGCAUACAAUCUGCCAAAGGCCGUUAUAAAGCUUUUAGCACUUGUGGUUCACACCUGGCAUCUAUUGCUAUCUUUUAUGGAUCCAUUGUUUUUGUGUACUAUACACCAGCUUCUAGUAGCAACACAAGCCAUGGGACAGUGGCCUCAGUAUUUUAUACCAUAGUAAACCCCAUGCUUAACCCCUUGAUAUACAGUCUGAGGAAUAAAGAUGUGAAAAAUGCACUAAGGAAAGUUAUGAAGGGCAGAGUGUUCUCCAGUUCCAUGUAG